AUGGUUGGAAUAGAUAAGGGUUGUUGCUGUAGCACGAGACCGCAGGCUGGAUCUUUACAGUUGAAAAGUAACAUACUUUUCCAUCAUCCUGAACUUGAUUACCAAAUUAUGGUACGUCAAGCUGCUUCUAUUGUCAAGCAAGCACUGACGCCGGGUUCUGUUUUGUUUUUGUUCCCCGCUUCACUUUUUAAGCAUCGGACAGAAGCUUAUGAACUCAUCGAAGCUCAAUGUGGUGCUGUCCAAGGAUUUCGUCCUAUUAGCAAUUAUGGUACUCGCUCUGCUGGUGAAAUCAUGGUUGAAGUUAAAUUUGUAAUGCCAAGAAGCACUACAAAGGCAAUAACUCACGGUGUUAGUCACAAGAACUUGUUGUUUAAAGGCUCUCCUUCUGUUCCUAGUGGCAACAAUACACUUGUGCAUGUCAAGAUGACUCUUUUGCGAAUUCCAGACAAGGAUACGUUUCUGGCGGAUCUCAAAAGAUCUCUGCGUUAUUACGGUGAAGUGUACCAGAUGAAACAGUACACUUGCGGUGGGUAUUUUGAAGGUGAGCUGUCGGUUAUCCUUGAUAUCUCGGUUGGCUAUACUGAUGCUUCUGGGGACACACCGCAGAAUUACGGUGAAGGUUAA